AACGGGAUGCAUGAAUUUGUCUAACGUGAACGCUGCAUUAUUUCAGUCACAAGGACGCGUAAGUAUAUGCAUCGCGACUUCACGAAGUGUAUAAACAGCGCGUCGAAUUAAUUGUCUAGCGCUUAUAAGCAAGAGUGCUGAAGCGUUGUAUGGAUCAGUCGUGAUUGAAAGAUCGUGACUUCCCCGUCGUUAGCUUCCAUUUUUGUCUCCUGAAGCACAGCAACACACAGUGAAUGGUUAUUUACUUUCCUUGUGGCACACUUGAAUGUAUCGUGACUAGCGACCUUUUUUAGUGGCCACUGUGUAAUUGCAGCCCUCCGGUAAGUGGGGCCGAGAUCGUGGAUUUGUGUGCAGCGUUUUCAGACUUCCGCCAGACAGCAGGCGCUCAGGUCGCUCCAACAAGAACGGGAGUAUGGCUGAGCCAUUGUGCAACGCACUCCCGGUGUUGCGAGCGUGUUUGGGAUGGCUGAGGUUAGAUGUCGAACUCCCUCACGCUACGAAGGUAAGACGUGUGUGCUAUGUUUGUUCGUGUGUACGAGUGGGAAUAUUUGCUGCUCAUCAAAUUUCCUUGCUUUUCAGACUGCUUGUGCGUUACUGAAGAUAUCGCACUGGAGAACUAGCGGAGGAGAUAAACGGAGUUUAUUGGUUCCGACCGAUUGUCGUAAAAGGCGACUUUAAGAUACCUCCACGUUCUCGUGUUGACCCAACGAAGAUUUGGAACUCGGGUUGCUGUUACAACCGAAGGAAAAAUAUAUUGUGCCAGCAUACGUGCAUUCCCUAACUUUGCUAUUUGCGAAAUAAACUUCUAGAGGACAAAAUUUACGAAAAAAAAAACAUUUGAGCGUACAAAAUUGUGUCAUCGUAUAAGAAUCAGUGUAAGUAACUUUUCACAUGUGCCUUUAAAUUGCGCUCUUUUAUUUGCUUAGCUUCCCGUGUGCAGAACCAAUACAGACAGGACAGUCCUUAUCCAGUGUGAUCGAGCGGAAAACCACAUAUAGACUGCGCUGCGAUUGUUCCAGUUGAACAUAGGGACUACAAGAGAUGCCUGUUGGUAUUUAUGGGGCCCACAAACUUUAAAAGAAAUUUGUGAAUAUCUUCAUUGCGUGUGGGCGUUUGUAUGAUCACUUUAUACACCAUAGUAAACUAGAAUACCAGGCCAGCAUAUCCGGCAUGCAAUUGAAGUUUCUAUCUGCUUCUAAGAGACGCGAUGGGGCGAAGGACUACAUAGGUAACCAUCUUGAUACGCGAUUGCUUUGAAAAAAAAAAGAUAUCUUAAACAUUCUGACGAUUUGCAUGCCAGAACAGCCAUCUUCUUAUGAGGUACUCUGUAGUCGGAGGCUGGGGGAGAUUAUAUUACAUAUAUGCGUGUCCACCAGGCAGCAACUAUGUGUACCGAUUAGUAGUAGUAUUUGUUAGUUGCGCCGAGACCUCAACACAACGGAUGACGGCUUGCGAAAAUCUAGCGAUUUUCAAGGGCUCUUUUAUCGUAGAUCUUGAACCUGACGCCGAGUUUUCUGCAUGCCCCUGGCUUCCCUGAGGUCCUAAGCAGGCCUUGUGCCUCUAUAUUGUCUCCUGGCUCUCCAGCCGAUAGACCGAAUCCUUCCAAAUUGUAAGUCAAACUCUGUGUACCUUGUAAAUGCUGUAAACGUAGGUGUAGCAGCCGGAUGGACGGAAACAGCAUACAGUCGAGUCAUGUGAGUGUGGUUUUCUCUCAGAAAAAAGUUUUAACAUACCCUUCAAUAUCUUGAUGCCGUAAAACAUUGUACAUGCAAUCGAAAUUAUUGUGGUUGUACAUAGCAUACAGUUGAUCUGCAGAAACAAUCUAGCAAAUCCUGGUGUGCCUAAUUCACACCCUGUGGAACAUAUCACAAGAAAAAAAAACGGUGAAGGAAAUAACACAAAAGUCAGCACGUAUAAUUGGGUACAAAAUACGAAACGUGAUUUUGUAGCGUAGUUUGGCCGUGAUGACGCCGAUCCUGCGCCAUGACUGCGUCAUUUUCUGUUUUACUAGAGCACUUUUUCAGGUAAAAUUGACUUUUUAGACACUAAUAUAUCAGUUAGGCUUGACUUCUGCCAACCUUUAGCGUAGUGCCGAUAUCUUCGUCCAACUAAAGCCCCCUUUUCUCACUUGAAAGUACUCUAAUGCUCUCUUGUAUGAGUCUAACGCGCAGGGCCAACACUUGUUGCAAAGGUGAGCUGAUGACAAUAAAGGAAGAGACGCACGUCCAGUGUCUGAGCUAUGGAAUCGGAAGGAAAGUACUCCCGAAAAAUAAGAGCUGCCCGCUGAAGUAUUGCACGCGGUACUUGUGGCCUCCAUGCACCUGAAGGUAAUUAUGUCAAGAAACGAGGAUGUUGUAGAACAGGUGCAUUAGAGAGCGAGUAAUAUAGGCAACACCUUUUGAUCUUCUUUCUUUGCAUUGUUUAAGUAAUUAAACUAUUGUUGAAUUCAGAAGUUUUGAAAACAGCCUUUUCAUAGGAUGCAAUCUUACAACACAGAGCAACAACACACAGCGGAAUAUAGGCACUUACAUGGAGCCCCGUGAAUGUAAGGAGGUUCAUGCGUGUCAAACUUGAGAAAUGAGUGCAAACCAGAAAUAGCCGCAUAUAUCUUCACUGACGCGGUGACAUAAAUUAUGCUGAUGAAACAGGGAAGGCUAUUUUAUGUAAUCUUGCGUGGUUUUAUGUGAAAUGCCCUCUGGAGUUAAAGGACCAGAUUGCGUUGUUUAAACAACGUUCAACCUGGCAAAGCAGACUAGCAGUAGUAUGACCAAAUGGGUACUGUGAAACUCAUGCAGUUAGAAGAUGUCUCAGCUUUUAUCGCUUCAUGUUGCCGAGCAAAUCUGUCUCAUCGAGCCAUCGGUUAAUCAAAUGGGGCCGCAUUUUGUACGGUUUUCCUAAAUUUUACAUUCAUGUGGUACUUUUAACUAUCUCUCAUUAAGCCGUGCCCCCGCUAUCACCGAGAUUGGUCACUAGGUGGGACGGAUGAUUCCGAAUGUCAUCGGUAAGGUCCAAGAGGAAAAAAAGGGGACAUUUUUCUCCGGCAUAGGUUCUGUCGGUCUAAACGCUCAGAAAAGAACGUACGUUUCAACUUGGCUACGACAGAGCAGAUGGCCUUGCUUGGCAGAGCCGACACUAAGCUAGCAAUUUCGAGUCACUGCCAACGCACAGUCUUGUAAAAAAUGACAUGCCCCACCUGAUACCCACAUUGUAAAACACUUAUUUAGAAAUACGAAUGCGUGUCGCAGAAUUUUCAACGCGAUAGGUCUCCUGCGACGAGUUUCCUUAUUUCUGUUACCGCAAAAAAAAAAAGUUCUCUUAAGUCGCUUCGAAGUUUCUAACCGAAUAAGAUCUGUCAAUAAAUUUCGAAGAAUUGAAAGAACAUUGCUAAAAAAAUUGGUCAGAUUAAAUUUAAUGAAACUGAGCUUUGUCUUUACGAUGGCCCACUUGUUUGUACCUACAUAAGUAAACAUGCUACGCGCAAAAUGGACACCACACAGAGAUGAAGAACAGCGCAGAGCGCUACGACCAACUGAACUUAUUGCUGCUUGACGAGCACGAAUAUAUACAAGGAAUCAUAACAAGUAAAAAAAAAUAUCAACUAAGCAUAGAAAAAUCCGGAUAGGGCACCUUCCUUCACAUCCUAUCACGCAUGAUCAUCAUUUACUUGUUGUGUAACACAACUCAGGUAUCACCGAUGCGCAGGUGCAUCAGUAAUACAUUUGUUACAUACAUUUGUUACAUACAUACAUGUUAAUACAUUUGAGUGUGCCUGAAGUGUCCCAAGAAUGAUCAUUGCGAUAAAAAUUUACAGUAGCACCGCGCCUCUUUGCCGAUUCCCCGUAGUGGGUGAACGCAAAGCUGGCGAGCAAGAAGAAGAAGAACCCGUUCAGGCGAGCCACGCGGUCACGAUUCACGUGCCCGAGAAGGCGAAGAAGCUGUAGAGGUGAAUCACCCGUGUUUCCUGUCGUUCCGCUGUCACCCUGGCUUCAGACAGAAAAUGCCGACCUACGCCGAGCGACCCUUCGCUGGUUGCUUCCGCCCACGAGCCGCAGGAGCAGCUGCAGCUGCAGCAACAGCAGCAGCAGCAGCAGCAGCAGCUAGGGGCGGGCUCGCCCAACAACGCAGCCAUGGAGGCGCUGCGUCGCUAUCGUCCCGCGGUCAAGGGGGCCACGCCCACCGCGGCCCCGGACGACCCAAGCGCCGGGGGCCGCCACGAGCGCGCCAUGAUGGUCGCCCUGCUGGUCAACAUGUCGGCGGGCAUGGCGCUGGGCUACGCCUCCGUGUCCAUGCCCCGCAUCGAGCUCGAGCCCUGGUACAGCUGGCAGCACAGUGCGACCCACAAAGAGUGGAUCGCCAACGUCGUGCUGCUCGGGGCUGUCGCUGGAGCGCUGCUCUCUGGGCUUGUGCUCCACCUGCUGGGCCCCAGAAGAACGUUGCUGCUGUCCGCCUUCGGCCUAAUCAACGCCUGGAUAUGCGUCGUGGUGUCCAACAGCGUCACCAUGCUGUUCAUCGGCCGCGUAACGUGCGGUAUCUGGCUCGGCGUCUCCACCAACUCCGUGAGCCUCUACGUCUGCGACGUGGCUCCUCCCACAAAGAGGACCUUCUUUGGAUCGCUCACCGAGGUGGCCGUGAGCUUGGGCAUGCUAGCGGCCUACGUGCUGGGUGGUCUUGCGUGGCAGUUGUCGGCGAUCCUGUGCACGCUGGCGCCGGUGCCAGUGUUCGUGUUGCACAACUACCUCAUCGAGAGCCCGCGCUGGUUUGUGACCAAAGGCCGCUACCGUGACUCAAACACGGCCAUGGUGCGGCUUUACGGCGACGACGUGCCCACCGACUUCAGGUUCAGCCGGACGGGAGACGAUUCGAACGUCUCUACAGUCGGCUGGCACAAGCUGGCCAGGAUGCUGUCGGUGUGCCUGCUGCUGAACCUGCUGCAGAGCCUGUCGUGCGCGCAGCUCGUGCUGCUGCGCGCCGUGCAGGUGGUGGGUCCCCUGGUGGACGUGAUCGCACCGCAGGAGUCGGCCUGCCUGGUGCUCGCCAUGCACGUCACCUGCGCGACCCUGUUCGCCGCCCUGACCCGCUGCAUCGGCCGCCGCCAGCUGCUCAUUGUCUCGGCCGUGCUGGUAGCCGGCGUCCUGUCCACCAUGCGUCCGUUCGAUCACGUCGUCUUCAGCCGGUGGACGCCCGACCAGGCCAGCGCAACCAGGUGGGACGCCCUGAGCUCCGUCUGCCUGCUGGUGCUGGCCUACUCGGUGGGCCUGUGUCACGUGCCUCCGCUGGUAAUCAGCGAGCUGAUGCCCCUGAAGGGGUGGCGCUACCUGAGCGCCUCGUUCGUCUGGUUCUGGCGCUGGCUGGUCGCCUUUGUGAUGGUCCACUUCGACGAGGAGCUGCUGAGGGCCGGCGACUUCGGGAGCCUGUCGCUGGCGUUCGGCCUGGCGGUGCUUCUGGUGGCCGCGGCCGCUGUGCCCUUCGUGCCGGAGACCGAAGGCCGCACGCUGGCCGACAUUCACCGCGAUGAGUGACGGCGCGACCACGUGCGGCACUCCUUCGCAGUUGACAGUGUGCACACCAGCCUGUCGAAAUAUCUGUCGCGCUUCGUGGCUGCUCGGCAGACUAUGAACUGCGCCACGCGGAUAGAAAACUGUUGCAUUGUGUUUUUUUUUAUUUGGUGUAAUUUUGCAUUUAUGGACUAUGCUGUGCGUUGAAACUAUGUCCUCUGUAUUUUUUCGUCCUCAUGUCAGAACAAUGUAGGGCUGCGUUAGGCUUCUACGUGCAAGCUUAUACUUUAAGAAAUGGCCACUGUAGCGUA